CAUCCCGAAGGCAAGAUGGACAAUUGGACACUUCAGCUCGUUCUGUUUUGCACUUUGUCCUUGCCAGGUGUCCUGGGUGUAAACAUGGAGGAACAGGUGGUCAAGCUUCUUUUCACGGAGAGGCAGUACGACAGGAAGCUGCGCCCGGUGGUAUCCAGGAACGACACCGUGAAAAUCGAACUGGGUCUGACGCUUUCCAACCUGCUCUCGUUGAAAGAAGCAGAUGAAACUCUCACCACCAAUGUCUGGCUUGAGCAAAUCUGGACGGAUUAUCGGCUGCAAUGGAACAAGGAGGAGUACGGAGGGGUCAGUUUGCUCCGUCUCCGGCCGGAGAUGGUGUGGCUGCCGGACAUUGUUCUGGAGAAUAACAACGACGGAAACUUUGAGAUUGCGUACAGUGCCAAUGUCCUGGUGGAUUCUGAGGGAAGCGUCUAUUGGCUACCUCCUUCCAUCUUCCGCACUGCCUGCCCGAUCAAUGUCAAUUACUUCCCUUUUGACUGGCAGAAUUGCACCCUGAGGUUCUGCUCCCUGAGGUACAACGCCAAUGAGAUCAACCUGCAGCUCAAAUCCGUUAACAAUUCCAAUCGCGUGCAUCUUGUGGAAUGGAUCAACAUUGAGCGGGAAAGUUUUAAAGAAAAUGGUGAAUGGGCGAUUAUCCACCGCCCGGCUCGCAAAAACAUCAACUCGUUGGUCCCUCGAGACAGCAACAAACACCAGGACGUCACCUUCUACCUCAUCAUUAAGCGCAAACCUCUCUUUUACAUCAUCAACAUAGUCACUCCCUGCAUCCUCAUCGCCUUCAUGAUCGUUCUCGUCUUCUACUUGCCUGCUGACAGUGGUGGUGAGAAGAUGACUUUAGCAAUCUCCAUCCUCUUGGCUCAGUCUGUCUUUCUGCUGUUGAUUUCCCAGCGCCUCCCAGCCACCUCCUUCGCAAUCCCCCUCAUUGGCAAGUACUUAACCUUCCUUCUGGGGGUGACCAUUGCUAUUGUGGUGAACGCUGUGAUUGUCCUCAACGUUUCUCUGCGCACGCCCAAUACUCAUUCGAUGUCCGAGCGAAUCCGGCAGCUCUUCCUGCACCUGGUGCCCCAUUACCUGGGCAUGCACAUGAGGCGCAUCUCGCUCCCCGCUGGGAAUCGGCUGGCGCGGCGACGGAGCUCCCUGGGGCUGAUGGCCAAAGCCGAGGAAUACAUGCUGUGGAAAGCCCGGAGCGAGCUCCUCUUCGAGAGGCAGAAGGAACGGGACGGCCUGAUGAAGAUCCUCCUGGCCAAGAUUGGAGAAGGCUUGGAGAACGGAGGCCCCCAGGAGUUCUGCAACAGCCUACGCCAUGCCGCUCUGGAAAUCCAGUCCUGUGUGAAUGCCUGCAACCACAUCACCAAGACUUUGCAAGAAAAGAACAAUUUUGACAGCGAAAAUGAAGAAUGGAUCCUGGUAGGCAGAGUCAUUGACCGUGUCUGCUUCCUCCUCAUGGCCUCUGUUUUUAUCUUUGGCACCGUUGGCGUCUUCCUGAUGGCUCAAUUCAACCAAGCUCCAGCAGUACCUUUUGUGGGAGAUCCGAGGCGAUUCCUGCCUUCGGAGUAGGCUGGGAACUGGAUCCACAGAUCUCAACUGGAUC